AUGUCAACAACAACUCCUAGAUUAGGAAAGACCGGGUCUAUGGUCUCGGAGGCAACAGCAGACAUGUCGGAACAGCCAACACCUGCAUCCAACAAACCGUUUUCGGCACAGUUCACAGACAAAGAUACCAGGACUUCAGCAGCUCGAAGCAUAUACCUUAAAGUGAUGAUCGGCUCUUCAUUUGCCAUCUCACUCGCUAUUUUUGGGGUGUUCUCGAUAUACUGGGGUUCUUUGUGGAAGACACCGGUGAGGCAGUUGCAUGGCUGGGUCGUGGAUUUCGACGGCGGGGAGAUUGGUCAAGCCGUGUUGCAGGGGAUCCAAAACAUACCAGCUGCUGCGACCAAGGUCCAUUGGGAGGUACACCCUGCCGGCGAGUUUCCGAAUGGGGCGGCGGAUGUAUCUGCUGCUGUGCUCGAAGAACAUUGUUGGGUGGCUAUUUCUAUCAACUCAGGGAGCUCCGAUGCCCUCACCUCGGCUUUGGCGAACGCGAACGCAUCGUAUGCCGGGUCGAGUGCGAUCACUGUAUUCGCAGAGGAAGCGCGGAAUGAAAAUGCAUUCCGAGGGUUCAUCCGUCCGAGCGUCGAUGCUGCGCUCCAAACGAUCAGCAAACAAUACGCUAUUAGAUUUGCUCAACAACUUGCCUCCGCUUCUUCUUCAUCCGUAAAUCUGACCUCUGUACUCGCCAACGCCCCGCAAGUUAUAACGGAACCGCUAUCGUACACCAUCGCCAAUCUGCGGCCUUUUGAUGUUCCUGUAGCGACUGCAGCUGUUUUCGUCGGACUUAUCUACAUGACUAUCCUUGCAUUCUUCAUAGUGAUGACCGCCAGUGCUGCUCGACAGAUGUCCGGCCUGGAAAACAUGCUUACCUACGGCUCCCUGGUCCGAGUCCGUAUCGCCACGACAUUUAUGAUAUACUUCAUCCUAUCCCUGUUCUACUCUCUCCUCAGCAUGGCGUUCGACCUUCCUUUCGACAGAAAAUUCGGCAACUCCGGUUUCCUUGUCUUCUGGAUGCUCAACCUCUUUGGCAUGCUCGCACUUGGCCUGGCUCUCGAAUCCCUCAUAACCCUCCUCACUCCCCGCUUCAUCCCCUUCUUCCUCCUCAUCUGGAUCAUCACUAACGUCUCGGUUGCCCUGUUCCCUCUGGACGUUCUCCCAGGCAUCUUCCGGUAUGGGUAUGCGUGGCCCUUUUAUAAUAUCUCGAGGGCACAGAGGGCGAUUGUAUUCGGGACGAAGAAUGAUGUGGGGCUGAAUUUCGGCGUUCUCAUCGUAUGGGUUACGAUCUCGUGCAUCACGCUGCCGUUCUUCCAGUGGCUCGUCAGGCGCUCCGAUAUCAAAGCCCAAAAGACGAAGGAGCGGCUCGAGGAGAAGGUGGAAGAGAUGCCGUAG